CUUCUGCCCUAGCUGGCUACCCUCUUCUUUUUUUCUUUUUUUCACUUCUGCACAAACAUUAAUUUUCUUUUCAAAAAUUAGGUUUUCCUUUUUAUUUAGUUAUUUAAUUUUAAUAAUUAUUUUAGGCCUUGGUUGUCUUUAUAUAGUUGCAGCAGUUGUGCUGUUCUGAUGUAUAUUACUCAUCUUCAAAUUAAACCAAUCUAGAGAGAGUUUUUAGAGAGAGAGAGAGAGAAAUAUCUUCUUCUUCUUCUUUAUCUUGUUUGUGGGUUAAAUUUAGAGAGAGAUUGUUGAACAGAUCAAUGGCGGAGCAGCUGUGUUACAUUCCUUGCAACUUCUGCAGUAUUGUUCUUGCGGUGAGUGUUCCAUGCAACAGCUUGUUUGAUGUAGUGACAGUUCGAUGUGGGCACUGUACAAAUCUUUGGAGUGUGAACAUGGCUUCUACUUUCCACCCCUUCUGGCCAGAUCAUCACCUUCUUCACCAGGCACCAAACUACAAUUCGAGUAGCGAGUACAAGGUUGACUUAGGUGGCUCCUCUUCCAAAUUGAACAACAAGAUGUCAAUCCAACCCUCCAUCCCAACCAAACUACCCGAGCAAAGAACCGUAAAUCGUCCCCCGGAGAAGAGGCAACGAGUCCCGUCUGCAUACAACCAGUUCAUAAAAGAGGAAAUUCAAAGAAUCAAGGCAAAUAAUCCUGAGAUCAGCCACAGGGAAGCUUUUAGCACUGCUGCAAAGAAUUGGGCACAUUUCCCUCACAUCCACUUUGGACUUAUGUUGGAGACAACUAACCAAACUGCUAAGCUUAAUGAGGGGUCUGAGAAGCAUAAAAUGAGAAGGGCUGCAAUUGUAAACAAGUGAAGAAAUUCAUCAGAGCUUCAAUUCAUCACUAUUUAUUUAAUCCAUCAUGUUUGAAGAAAUUUAAUAUAUAUAUAUAUAUAUAUAUAUAUAUAUAUAUAUAUAUAUAUAUAUA